ACAGAGAAAGACACAGUAGGAACUAGGCCGCUAGACCAACAAAGCAGGAGAACCACUCCACGAGUCCACGACCGCGUCGCUCAAUUCACCCGACGUCUUAGCAGCACCAUCAGGGUCCGUGUGUCUCUGACAGACCCCUCCUCCCUCUUUGUUACAAAAGGGGAAUGAUUAUGAAAUCCGUCUUCCUCCUACGACGUCGUAUAUAGUAGAUGCUAAAUAUCCAUCUCUGAGCUACACCGGUAAUUAAGCCUCAUUAAAAAAGAGAACGGUAGAUUAGUCGGGUCUCUGGUAGCCUAUUGGUAGUCUUUUAGUAUCAUAAGUACGGUUAUAGCCUAUUAGCCUGUUCAUUUCUGCCGUACUUGCUGUUAUAGCUCGCGGGUUGGUCGAGGUGUAACCAUGUCGGGGUGCGAGGCAGCUGGCGUGGCGUCGACGGCCGUGGCGACAGUCGCGAUGCCUUCGCGAGAGAAUGGCGACGACAUGGGCGAAGACCCCAAGCGCUUCGACUUCGGGUUCGCCUUCAACAACGCCGAUUUCGCCGAUCGCAUCGUGCAGCUUCGGAUUUGCCCUGACGAAGCCACCACCCCCCGCCGCUCCAGCAGCAGCGGAAGCUUCGGCGCAGCUUCCGGCGGCUCCCCAUCCCGCGGCGGCGGAAGCCCCCUCUCCCCCUCCGCCGCCGCCGCCGCCGUAGCCGCCGCGUCUGCCGCCGGGAAUCUAGGAAAGAGAUGUUCUUCUAUCGGGGGAGGGGGGAGGCGGAACGGGGAGGCGCAGGGGGGGAGGUUUUUGGUUGGCGGGCGCGGGGGUAGAGGAGCGAGCGGAGAGUUGUCGUUUCUGGCUGCUCUGAAUAGUCCAGCCGUACCGCUGCCAGCAGGUUUGGGACCGGACCAAGCGGCUGCUCUGACAAGAGGCUCGGCAGGAGGAGCUAGCCUCGGCAGCCGACCCCAGAGCCCCUUCACCACCAGCAGUGGUGCUGCUGGCGCUGCUGUUGCUCCUCCUGCUGCUGCUGCCGCUGCUGCUGGUGCUGCUGCCACUUCUGCUGCUCCUGCGGCCGGUGCUGGUGGUGGUGCUGCUACUGCUGCUGCCGCUGCAGCCGCUGCUGCCGCUGCAGCUGUUGUUGCUGCUGAUGCUGUUGCUGCUGGUGUUGGUGGUGGGUUCGGGGGAGUAAUGGGCAGAGCACCCAGGUUCGGCAGUUUGGGGGGGUCGGGGCUCUCACCGUUCGAGUCAAGCCAAAAGCCAUCGGGAGGGCCUGGGCUGGGGACAGGCGCAUGUGGCGGGUGUGGCAUGGGAGGAAACGGCAGUGGAGGUGCAAAUCUGGGCGGCAGUGCGUUUCUGGGCGGCGGUGGUGGUGGCGGUGUGACGAUAGGGAGUUGUGGGGGGUUCAGAGUGGUGAAUCUGCAUCUGUCAUCGGUGGUGCUGGCAGCCAAGUCUGCUUUCUUCCGCACACUCUUCACCUGCGGCUUCAAGGAGACGUGCCAGAACAACCCCGUGGUGCUCAACGUGUCCCCAGAAGAGGAGGGCCCAGUGAUCGAUCUCCUACGCUUUAUCUACACGGGCGACAUGCAGGAGGGCAGCACGGAUCCAGAAGAUAUUAUCAAGAUGUACCUGGUGGCCGACAAGUUCGGGGUCGCCUCCUGCAUGAAGAUCUGCCUCGAGCGCCUCGUCAACCUCCCCAUGACCGUCCCCACCGCCUGCCUCUACCUCUCGCUCCCCGACUCCAUGCACUCGCACCGGGGGGUGGCGCAGCUGCUGGAAGCUUCCAGGGGGUUUCUGGUGGCGCAUUUUAGGGAUCUGGAGCGGGUGCACAAGGGGGAGGAGUUUUUGGAGCUGCCUCUCGUGGGCGUGCAGACGCUGCUGGCGAGCGACGAGCUGAAUGUGAGGGACGAGCUGACGGCGUUCCAUGCCAUGGUGGAGUGGCUCAGGCACCACCACGACGAUCUGGAUGACAGGAAGCGAGCGGCAGUGCGCCUGGCGGAGCACGUGCGAUUUCCUCUCAUGACAGGGGAUGACCUCGAGGAUGUGGUGCUCAAGGCGGCAGAGAUGGACAGCCCCGAGUGCCAGGCGCUGGUACGCGAAGCAGCGUGGUUUCGCGCGUACAGCCUUGUGAGGCGACUGAGGCUCAUGAACGAGACGGCCGCCACGCACAGGCGGUUCUGGCAGCGGCGGUGGAACCGAAACUCUGUGGGGCAUGUGUAUUUCGACAUUCACCUGGAGAGGUUUCAGGCGCUAGCAGUGGCAGCGACAGUGGAAUCAGCCACGUUUGGAAUCGGUGGGAAGCGGUUCUACCUGUCAGCUCGGCACGGCAGGAGAGACGAUGGCACUGAGACUCUUGACAUUCACCUGCACUUGGAGAACAGCCACAGCGUGCAGCCCGAGAUACAGGUGAGCUUUAUCUUCUAUGCCAAGCGGUGGCCAGAGGGCCAGUUUGACUACCUGAGGGACCGCGUGACCAAGGGGUUUGGGCGCAAUGCGAGCAACUGGGGCUACAGCAACAUUUUGGGGCGGCCGUGGGCCGAUGUGGUGCAGGACGACAGCAAGUAUUUCAAGAAUGGCGUCAUGUCGGUGUUUGCUGAAGUGCAAAUUCUAGAGGACGCUGGGAGGGGGCCGGUGGUGGGGGGGUGAGUGAGACGAUAACCACAGGGUGUUUGAGGCCGCUCUGGACCACAGGGAAGGGAGGGGAAAGGGGGUGAAUGUGGUGCAGGACAACAAGUAGUUGACGAAACGGCAUUAUGUCCGUGUUUGCGUAAGUGCAGAUUCUAGAGGACGCUGGGAGGGGGCCGGUGGUGUGAAAGGGGGGGGGGGCUGGGGCAUGUGGUGCACGAGGGCAGCAAGUACUUAAGGGACAGCGUCCUGUCGGAGUUUGCUAAGUGCAGAGUGGAGACGACUGGGCCGACUUGACUACCCUUAUCGAGACAACCGGACUGGAAUGCAUUGCUUGAACAGUGCAUACCACAUAGCUCCUUAGUGUUCAAUGAUGUUCCUAAGAAUUUACAGCAAGGUACUACCUGUUGGAAAUGAUAAAAGGACUUCAAGACG